AUGAGUAUCGAAAACCAGGAAUACUCAGUUGAUCAAGAUAUUAUUUCUUUCUUUCAAAAGACUUCCACCGACCGCUCGUCCUGUGAUGAUCGAGCACGGACACUUGUCGGAGGCACUGUGACCCCCGUUGCAGUGCAAGGCGCUUGCAGUUAUUCUGUAUAUGCAGGUCUAGAGUAUGUGGUUCAGUUCCGACUAAGGUCUCUUGGGCUGAAGACAGAAAUUACAAAUAUUGCCCGCAAUGUAUAUGGGACCCUAGUGCCCUCCGUCUCUUAUCACGGUCAGAUUGGGAGAGAUGAUGUCAGUGGGAAGGAAUCUCUCUCUGUCUAUGUGAUGAGUCGGGUGGAAGGCAUUAGCCAUCUCGAUUUUAUCCUUGCGCAUAACCUCCCAGAGAAUUCGCCAGAGUACUUUACCUGGAGAGAGAAUCUGGUCUUCGAGAUUGCUAGGUUCUUUGCUCUCACAUGGAAAAAACCCGCAGAAUGUCGACCGAUCCUUUUGUGA